AAACUGUGACAUUGCAGCUUCCGUACUAUGGACUACUCCAGCCACAACAUCAACUAGCUAGCUAACCUACUUUUACAAUCAUUGUUGUCAAAUAACUUCAAAAGUGGUAUAUCUUCAGCGUGUGUUACAUCCUAUCCGGACGAAAUUGAAUAAAAUAGAGUAGCCACAUAAACAUUUGAAAUGUCUGGAGACGGCUCGGAUAGUAGUAGUAGCGAGGACUCCGAUACUGGGAUCCGGAGGAAAGCCUGCACUGUCAAACAUGAGAUCACUAAUGCGAACCUCACGGGCCAUACUGAGAGAGUGGGCAUGGAGAACUUUGAGCUGCUCAAAGUCUUGGGCACAGGAGCCUAUGGGAAAGUGUUUCUGGUCAGAAAGAACAGUGGUCAUGAUGAAGGGAAGCUGUAUGCCAUGAAGGUGCUGAAGAAAGCAGCCAUCGUUCAGAAGGCAAAGACUGCAGAGCACACGCGUACAGAGAGACAGGUGCUGGAGCACAUCCGCCAGUCCCCGUUCCUGGUCACACUGCACUAUGCCUUCCAGACCCAGACUAAGCUCCAUCUCAUCUUGGACUAUGUGAGUGGAGGGGAGAUGUUCACACACUUGUACCAGCGGGAUCACUUCUCAGAGGAAGAGGUGCGGAUUUACAUCGGGGAGAUUAUCCUGGCCCUGGAGCACCUCCACAAGCUGGGCAUCGUGUACCGGGACAUCAAGUUAGAGAACAUCCUCUUGGACAGCGAGGGACAUUUAGUGCUGACAGAUUUUGGGCUCAGCAAAGAGUUCCUGGAGGAGGAGAAGGAAAGGACGUAUUCGUUCUGUGGCACCAUAGAGUACAUGGCUCCAGAGAUCAUCAGGGGGAAGUCUGGUCAUGGAAAGUCGGUAGAUUGGUGGAGUCUGGGGAUCCUGAUGUUUGAGUUACUGACGGGGGCAUCGCCAUUCACCCUGGAGGGGGAGAGGAACUCCCAGAGUGAGGUGUCCAAGCGCAUCUUACAUUGUGAGCCGCCGUUCCCCUCUAUGAUCGGCGCCGUAGCUCAGGACCUGUUGAGGAAGCUGUUGGUCAAAGACCCCCACAAGAGACUGGGCUCUGGGCCCCGAAGGGCCGAAGACAUCAAGACUCAUGCCUUCUUCAAGGGUCUCAGUUGGUCAGACCUGGCUGAGAAGAAGGUAGUCAGCCCAUUCAAACCAGAGAUCAGGAGUGAGCUGGACACAGGGAACUUUGCUGAGGAGUUCACUGGCAUGAAUCCUCUCUACUCUCCAGCCAGCACCCCACCAAGCACUGAUCGACUGUUCCAGGGCUACUCUUUCGUUGCACCCUCCAUUCUGUUCAACAAGAAUGUGGUGAUGGGGGACUUCAUGGAGGGCCAGAUGGGAGCAGAGCGGCCAGGCUCAUCCACUGUCCGUCGCAGUGCUAUGUUAGCGGACUCUAUGUUCUUCCAGCUGUAUGAGCUGUGCCUGCAGGGGGCGCCCCUGGGCGAGGGCAGCUUCUCUGUAUGCAGGAAGUGUCGACACCAUCAGAGUGGCCAUGAGUACGCCGUUAAGAUCAUCAGCCGCAGAAUGGAAGUGAACACUCAGAGGGAGAUUGCUGCUCUCAGGCAGUGUGAGGCUCACCCCAACAUUGUCAAACUGCAUGAGGUCUACACUGAUCAGUUCCAUACAUACCUGGUGAUGGAGCUGCUGCGUGGGGGGGAGCUGCUGGAGAGGAUCAAGAAGAAGAAGCUGUUUGGGGAAUCAGAGGCCAGUCAGCUGCUCAGGAGCCUGGUGUCAGCUGUCGGGUUCAUGCACGAGGCUGGAGUGGUGCAUAGAGACCUCAAACCAGAGAAUGUGCUGUUUGCAGACGAGGGGGAGGACUCGGUGCUGAAGGUGAUAGAUUUUGGUUUUGCCCGGCUGUGCCCUGCGGGCAGCGCCCCCCUGCAGACUCCCUGCUUCACACUGCAGUACGCUGCUCCUGAGCUCUUCCACAGCACCGGUUACGACCAGGCCUGCGACCUCUGGAGCCUUGGGGUUAUCCUGUACACCAUGCUGUCAGGACAGGUGCCCUUCCAGAGUAAGCAGCAGCAGCGAGCGGGGAUGACCUCAUCUUAUGCUGCUGACAUCAUGCAUAAAAUUAAAGAGGGAGACUUCUCGUUGGCUGGAGAAGCCUGGAAGGGUGUGUCAGGGGAGGCUAAAGAGCUUGUGAAAGGGCUUCUGACGGUGGAUCCAGAGAGGCGUCUCAAGCUGUCUGCUCUGAGAGAGAACAGCUGGCUGCAGGGCGGGGCCAUCCUAUCCUCCACCCCCCUCUGCACCCCAGAUGUGCUAGAGUCCAGCGGCCCCAUCGUCCGCUCCUAUGUCAACGCCACCUACAAGGCGUUCAACAAGGGGAAGAGGGAGGGCUUCUUUCUGAAGAGUGUUGACAACGCCCCCCUUGCGAAGCGACGCAAGCUCAAGAUGACAAGUACAGGUGUGGAGACUCGACGGAGCUCCUCUUGCUCAUCCUCUUCCUCCUCUUCCUCAGCUGCCUCUGCCGCUGCAACAAACUCAAAAACACAGCCACAACACCAAACUCUGCCCCCGAAGCUAGAAAAGCACUAGAAGGGGAAGAGGGGGAAGAGUGGGAGGAAUAAAGUUAGGAGAAGGAAGCACAUUCAUUCAGAUAUGACAGAUUGGGAUACUGUCUCUGAAAGACCAGAGAUGACUUGAUUUGAAUUCCAAAGUCAUCUAGAAUCUCCAAAUUCUAAGUCUAAGAGCUAAUUUAUGAACCAACUAAGAGACUAGUUAAAUAUUUAAGGAUUCACCUCCCUGUUUUCUAGAAAGACGAUGCUUUUUGCAUUAUCGUAAUGAUGCAAUGACUUUAUCUAUAUGUGUUUAUACCAUUUGCAGUAAACUGCAGUAGCUUGUACCAUCUCAUUUAAUUUUCUCAAGAAAUGAACUAACAUGUAAUUUCUUGAAUGGAAAUAAGCUUUAGACCAGUGUUUUCAUAACUCCGGUCUAAAGGAUAUAUAUCAGUAUGGUAGGUUAUGGAAGACUGUUGGCUUUAAGGUCAUACUAAUGAAGGUUUCAGUCACCUUGCCAGGGUGACGAUGAUGAGCAUGCAGUUAUCCUGAUGUUAACGUGUUCUCAGUACCGGAGGGAG